GGCGUGGGACCAUUCCAGCUCCUGCCAGCAUUCUCCCCAAGGCCGAGGUCUGCACAGUCGGAGUCAGACGGCCUGGACUCACCAGCCCCAGGGGCGAGCAGGGGCUGGCACGCGGUCCACUACCCAUGGGUGCCCCCUGCCUUUAUCCUGGGGGGGACAGGAAGUGACUGAGAAAGAGGACCGCGGGUCCCCCUUGCGGGCUGCAUCACAUACUGCCAACCGCAAGGCAAAUCGCACCCUCCUGCCGGCCAGGUCCGCCUGAGAGAGCAUUUCACGGUUCCGCUCCUACUCCCUCGCCAUAGCGUUUCCACGGGGCACAACCGCUCGUGCUUUCAGUCUCGCGGAGACAGUCUGCCAUGUGCUCUCAUCAACUCGGCAGCAGGCCAGCCGCCCACGCCCCCAGCCUUGGGCCUGGGGCCGGCCUACCACGUACUGAGCUCCGGCUGCGCUCCGCCAAGGAACACAUCCCGCCAAAGGGAAGGCCUGUUGCCCGCUCUCCGCGCUCAGCACUCUCCGACGCGCCGCAGCAGCCCGACUGCGUGCGCGUUCGGCCCCUCCCCGACAGCGCUUCCGCGCCAGGGCUGCUCUGGGAGCUGGCUGCGGGGCGCAGGUCCCCGGGCCGCCGCAGGGGCAGAGGUGUGAGCCGGGUGAGGCAGCGGGACGAGCGGAGAGCAUGCCAUCUUCCUCCUUCGAGGGCGUGGCCCGCAGCGUGGUCCGGGAGCUGGACCACAGCGGGAAGCUCAUUCCUGUGGACAGCCUGCGGAGCUCCGCCAGCUUCCAGCCCUACUGCCUGGUGGGCAGGAAGCCCUCAAGGUCCUGGUUCUGGAGACCCCGCUACAUACCCGUGAACCUGUCCAUCUGGGACAUCCUAGAGCCCAAUGCUCCGGAACCAGCCAUGCAGCGCAGCGGACCCUUCCACUUCCAUGACACCGUAGACAGGCAGAUGAAGGGCAGCAUGGAGCUGAAGGUUCAGGGACAGUGGGAGAUCUCAGGCAGGGCUGCCAUAUCCAGCAGCUCGAGCACCUCGAUGGACGUGUUCAUGCUGCGUGUGGACCCCAGCACCUGGGAGGCCCUGCACCAGGAAAGGCGCCUGCGGCAGCCGGUGCACAAAGUCCUGCAGCAGCUGCGGAACCGCGGGGACAACGUGUACAUGGUGACAGAGGUGCUGCAGACACAGAAGGAGGUGGAGGUCACCUGCACCCACAAGCAGGAGGGCUUAGGCCAGUUUUCACUGCUGGGAGCUGCGUGCUUGCAGGGCGACAGCCAGGGCCACCUAAGCCGGAAGAAUACAAUCACCAUCCCCUCUGGCAGCAUCCUCGCCUUCCAGGUGGCACAGCUGGUUAUCAGCUCUGACUGGGACAUCCUCCUCUUCCCGGACAAGAAGCAGAGAACCUUCCCGAAGUCCCCAGCAGCCAACAAGCCCACCAGCCCUGUGGCCGGCCACUCUCCGCCCCCGGGCCUCACCUUGCUGAUGAAGUCCGUCCGGCAGUCCUGCAGUUUCCUGUCCGACGGGCCAGCAGAGGAGUGGGCGGCAGUCACCAAGGACUUUGUGGGCCUGCGGGCAGAGGUGGAGGCCCAGGCCCAGGAACUGGCGCACCUGAGUGGCGAGCUGCGGCAGGAGCUGCUGGAGGCCCUGGGGAGGCUGCUCCUGGACGUGCCGGUGCUACAGGCCCUGGAGGAGACGCUGGAGCAAGGCCUGCUCUGCGGACAGGUGGAGCCGCAGGACGGGCCAGCAGGCGCUGUCCUUGAAUGCCUGGUGCUGCCCUCCAGAGAACUGGUGAAGGACCUGGCCAUCCCUGUCUUCUACCUGCUGGGGGCCCUAACCGCUCUGAGUGAGAUCCAGCACCUGCUGAUGGCCAAGGCACUGAAGACGGGGGCCCUGCGGGGGCAGCUCGAGCUGGUGGGGAGCAUCUUGGAGCAGAGCUCCCCAUGGCAGGAGCCCAGGGAUGUAUCUCUGCCGCCAGGGCUCCUGGGUAGUGUCUGGGGCGAGGACGCCCCCGCCUGGGUCCUGCUGGAAGAGUGCGGCCUGGAGCUGCAGGUGGGCACCCCCCAGGCGUGCUGGGAGCCCGAGGCCCAAGGCCGCGUUUGUGCACUCUACGCCGCUCUGGCGCUGCUGCUACAGCUGGGCCAGGAGCCUUCCUAGCCCACGAGGACAGCGCUCCAGGCCUGGCCGCCCUCUCCCUGGCCAAGUGGGUGAAUGGUGCCUGAAGGACCGGACACUGAGUUAGGUGUUGGUUUUUCCCUUUUUCGUUUUUAUUGUGGUGAUACGUACAUGACGUUUGCCAUUUCAACUGCUUUCACCCUCCGUUUUCAAGUUUUCUCAUCCCCUUUGGUGGCGCAGUGGUUACGUGCCACGGCUGCUAACGAGGAGGUCGGCAGUUCGAAUCCACCAGGCGCUCCUUGGAAACUCUGUGGGGCAGUUCUGCUCUGUCCUAUAAGGUCGCUAUGAGUUGGAGUCGACUCGACGGCAACGGGUUGGUUUUGGGUUUUUUCCUUUAACACAAACGCAGUAACCCUCAAGCAAUAACCCCUGGUAACCCCUAAUAAACUUUGGUCUCUGUGCCUUUGCCUAUUCUGGAUGUUU